GMAACAACUGAUAAAUCUCAAGAGAAGAAGAAUGAAAAACUAGCAAACACAAACAAACCAAGAACCAUUGCCAAGAACUGUCCAGCUAACUUAAGAGGAACUGGAAGCAAACAAGGAUGGUCCACCUUGGUGUGUGGCGCCUAGAGACUCAACUGAAUGUCCUUAUUCUGGGUUUCUGCAGCAUAUUGAUCCCUUCACCCACACAUGGAUAUAUAUAUGCUCAUUUUAACAACAUGACCUCCAUAUUGUUUGAGGACCUACCUGCCAUUUUUGGACCUUCACUUCCUAAGGAGGGUUUAAUGGGAGUUCUGGUGGUGUCCAAACCACUUAAUGGGUGUACAACAAUGGACCCUCCUCCUAAGAAUCUGAGCAUUUAUAACGCCAACACCACCAAAUUUAUUGUUCUCAUUAAACGUUAUGAAUGCAAUUUUGAUAUAAAGGUUUUGAACGCACAGCAAGCUGGAUACAGUGCUGCGAUCGUACACAACGUAGACUCAGAUGUUCUUCUCAACAUGAACUACAGUAAUGAAACUAUAGCAGACCAGAUUCAGAUCCCCUCAGUUUUCACCAGCUUCUACGCUGCAGAGACGCUCAAGAAAAUCAUAAUUCCAGAAGUUGGGGCCUACGUGAUCCUCAAGCCAGCUUUUUCUUUUCCAAUAUCGUAUUACCUCAUUCCUUUCACUGCUGUUGUUGGGAUGGUUAUUAUUGUCAUGUGUAUAAUUUUGGUUAUCCGAUGCGUGCAGUACAGAAAACAGCUGCGGAAAAAUCGUUUGACCAAGGAGCAAUUAAAGAAAAUUCCAACGCACAAGUUCAGGAAAGGAGAUGACUAUGAUGUUUGUGCCAUCUGCCUGGAUGAGUAUGAAGAAGGAGACAAGCUGAGAGUUUUACCGUGCUCACAUGCGUACCACUGUAAGUGUGUCGACCCGUGGCUCACGCAGACCAAGAAGACGUGUCCCGUGUGCAAACAGCGCGUGACCAAGAAAAACCCGGAGCACUCCGAGUCCGACUCCGAGGAGGAAGCCGAAGGACGCGGAGAGGGAGAAGGAACUUACGAUGCCAACUCGGAGCGCACUCCUCUGCUCCGCCCCUCCAGCCCCGGGUCYUCAGCGGACUAUUCAGCCACCACCGUCACCACCGCCCAGUGCCUUGUCUCCCCUGCACACUGCGACUCCCCCAUCCUGGGCUACGAGGGCUACGAAGGCUACUACUCCCCGCAGGAGGACACAGACUCAGAAAGCGGCGACACAGACGACCAGCACCACAGCGACGACGACACCGCUCAGCUCAUCGGUAGGGGUCGAGUGCUAGCCUGAGUUUUUCUGAGUGACAUCAGCCAAGUUUUACUUUUUUAAAAACCUAAAGGAGGCGUUUCUACCUUUACACACUCGGUUACGUUAAAUAGUUAGCUCCGUUUUUAGAAUAACUUCCACUGGGGUUGGGCGAUUGGAGUCCAUCGGUGGUAGGUUUUUAUCUGUUUUUAUUUUAGCUAGUUUAACUUUAAUAAGAGUUACAGCCAAGAGAGUAUAUUUUAAUUCCUACCUGUACACACUGUAAUACACCUGACUGUGUGCACCACCUCUUCUACUUCCAGCAGCAACGCCUCCGACUUUAGUCUUUAAACUUUAGUUUUUCUUGUGAGUCAGUGGGACGUUAGCUGUUACUGUGAAUACAGACUCAGCUAAUUAGACAACUACGCUCGUUUUACAUUAAUUGGUGAAACUGUGGCAGUCAGUGCACAGUGAACAACUUUUAGUUUGACUCUUCACCAAAGCGGUCAUCAGGAAAUGAGUUGUUUUUCAAGACAUGUUCCUGCAGCUUCCAUGUUUCAAAACUACUGAACGCUGUGCCACUAAGGGCGUUCUGUUUGUGGGAUGAAGCUGUCUUUAGCUCCUAAUAUCAGCUCAGAGCUGCUUGCACAGAUMUUUUUGGGUUUGACUAACUCCUUUUUUUAAAAAAUCUGGAAGUUUGCCUGGUUGGUCGCUCCUCAAAAUACAAAACACUUAAACACACCUGUGCGUUUAAAUCACCAAUCAUUUAGUUGUUGGGCUGAUGAUGGAUGAUCUGUUUUGACUGAAGUCCAAACCUGAGAAUCACAACCUAAUCUCCAGUACUGUACACAGUCCACAGGCACUCUGGGUAAAGUGGCUCUUAAGGUUUCUCCUUUGGGGUUUUAAAUUAGAUGGAUGGUUUUAUGUUGAUUUAAUCGUUUUUAUUUCUUUUGUUCACAGUUUUAAAUUGUUUCCAUUUCUAAACAAAUUUCUACAUAUGGGGUGCUUUUUUUAAAUAUAUAAAUGGUUUAGAUCUUUUUCACACUCUUUACAAGUAAACAUUGAUGUUUUUAGUUAUCAGAUUUUUCUCAUUUAAUAAUUGUUKGUAAUAACAUUGACUAUUGUGGUCAUUUGACAGUUUUUCUGCUGCUUUUACAUUUUUGCUGACAUUGCUGUGCAGGAAGUUAGGCAAAGACUUGAUGUGUUUCCAGUUGAAUAAACUCAGGAUCAAGUCAGAGUUAAAGGUCAGUUGAAAUUGUAAAUGUGUAAUAUAAUGGAUAGUUUAUAGGGUUCAAGGCCUGCAAACUGUUCUGCUUCCUUUUAAGAAGCAAUCGAGUCAAAUUGAUUUAUUUGAUUUCUGUUUUUCUGCUAUUUUCACAGUAAAAUGUUGCAUGAAAAUCA